UCCGGUUAUAACUGAGCCAUAGACACUGAUGACAUGAGGAUGGGACUUAACGUCCUUGUUCCGGAUAUAAUUGAGCCAUAGACACUUCAUAUGUGGUUUAAAACGGUCACACCGGGAAUGUGUGACGAGUUUGACGUUCUGAGCUCGUGGGGAUUACCGUGUACAAAGGUAUAGGCAGAUUGUGAAUAGGAUAGUCAUGGACGAUUCGGACAAAAAUGGUUUGGCACAGGGACCUGACAUUUAGUCGAAUGGUCUGUACAUCAUACGGAGGUAAGAUGGCGUUGGUCUAGCCUAGGAUCGACAUUUCCUACCGGAAACCCAUUGAUGGGGUGAGAGCAGAUCAUUCAUCGAUAAAAUAUGAAACCGAGGUUCCCAGGAAAAAAGACAUGUCACGUGUCAUGCCAGACAUGCGUGUUAUAUACUUUUGUUUUCUUCGUAUUCCUUGUUGUCAUUAGUAAUGUGAUAUCGUACACCACACUAACGAAUAAAGCUGGAUUCUUCCAUCAGUACAUUCGGAACAUAUCGUUCAUGGAGUCUUCAUACGUAGUCAAUAGUACAUCAAGAAAGACGUUCGGAUGGAUGUCACCUGCUAUAAUCAAUAAACACACGAGAUUUCCGAAUGUCAGUAAUAAUGUGACAACAGGGACAACGACACACUCCAAUACUAGGACGAACAGUAUAAACCGGAUAUCAUUUCCUCCGAAAGUUGUUUCUAAGAACAAAACUGAUGAUUUUCGGAAGACACAUUUUAUGACUGUUCACGGAAACGGUCGUCUUGGUAACCAAAUGUUUCAAUUUGCAGCAUUGUUAGGUGCGAGUGCUUUCCAUAAAUAUUCGCCGUUUGUGGCCCCUAAAAAUAAACUUAUGCAGGUAUUUGAUAUUGCCGAAGCGCGCGUGAUAAAUAUGAUAAAUGUACAAGGACAUGGAGAGGAUCGUGCAGGUGUUUUUGACAAAAGGAUACAAACGUUAUCACAUUCCAAAAAUUGGACUUUACAAGGGUAUUUCCAGUCCUGGAGAUACUUUGAUCACGUGGCCAAUGACGUUCGGAAUGCCUUUAGAUUUAAGCAUGACAUCUACCACAAAGCAUUCACAAAAUUAAAGACUUUAACUGCUUCAGUCAUGGUUGGAGUCCACGUGCGCCGAGGAGACAUGAACAGUAAACGGGAACUCUCGCGAGGCUACAACGUAGCUGAUGAAACGUUUGUUAUCAAAGCUCUUAACUACUUCAGGUCAAAAUAUAAAAACCCAGUCUUCGUAAUGAUUGGCGAUGAUGCAGCCUGGAUGAGAUCUAAAUUUAAUUAUGGCGACGUACAUAUUGCUACUUCCGGAAGUGCUGGUGCGGACUUGGCUAUAAUGGCCCAAUGUAACCAUAGUGUCGUCACUUCCGGAACAUAUGGAUGGUGGGGCGCUUAUUUAGCCGGGGGAGAAACUGUCUACUUCCGAGAUUAUCCUAAGCCUGGCUCGUGGCUGGAAAGACAAUAUAACAGGGCUGAUUAUUAUCUACCCAACUGGAUUGGGAUGAGCUGACGUCACGUGUGUCGUUAAUAAAUAUCUUGUUCUGUUUUAA